CAACAGGUUUGCGCAGACAUCCCGGCAACAGAACAGUCGCUAACCCAGUCGCAAUCCGUUGCAGUGCAGCACCAGUCGGCCUAUUUGUCCACUAAUUGAAUUCCAGCGGCACCACAAAUUCAGUUAUAAAAGUCAUUUCACGUGCAUUACUCACAAAUAUAUAUAUAUAUAUAUAGAAAAAAGCAGCUACGAAAAAAAGGGACGCGCGCGUAUGCAGAUUCGCGAGGCGAACACAGAAACGGAACCAAAAGCACAUUUCCUGUUAUUCAAAUACAAUAAAAUAACUACAGACAGGACAAUGAAGAGCUGCGUCUGUGGUGGGACACACGGCAUGGCCCUGCUGCUGCUGCUGCUGCUGUUCUGGUGCCGCACCAGCUGCAGUCAGGCCGCAGCCGGCGGCGGCAACAACAAUGAGCUGGCCGCCACAGGUCUGUCCGACCAGGUGCUGGAGCAGCUGGACGACAAUGAGCUCUACGGCAACAACAAGCGCGCCUGGCAGUCGCUGCAGAGCGCCUGGGGCAAGCGCUCCAAUGAGCCGCGUCCUCUCGAAGUGGAUGACUCCAUAUACAUGACGGGACACUUUGUGCCGCUGGUCAUAACCGACGGCACCAACACCAUUGACUGGAACACCUUUGAGCGGCUGGCCAGUGGCAAUCAGGAGCAGCAGCAGCUGCAGCGGCAACAGCAGCCGGCACAGUCCAAUGAGGAGUCGGAAGAUGUGAGCGCUGAGAACACAAUCGAUAAGCGAGCCUGGAAGAACAUGAACGUGGCCUGGGGCAAGCGACGACAGGCACAGGGCUGGAACAAGUUCCGUGGUGCCUGGGGCAAGCGCGAGCCCACCUGGAACAAUCUGAAGGGCAUGUGGGGCAAGCGCGAUCAAUGGCAGAAGCUGCACGCGGGCUGGGGCAAGCGCUCGCUGGCCAACUAAGCCCACAGCUCCGAUCAGUCGAUAUAGGCAAAUAGAAACAUGGAGACAAACAAACAUAAUAUAUGAUAUAACUAGCAAAACCUAACUGUGUAUAACAAUAUCUAUAUAUAUAUAACAUAUAAAAUGAACUAGUACGUGCAACUCUUUUCCCAUUGAGAUUCUCGCUGUUCUAAGAUCCUUGUGGCAGGAAGUGGAGGUCAAUUCCGAAAAUGUAUGAAAGCGCUCGCCAGCAACCAAAAACAAAUACGUUUAAAAUCAAAAAGAAACUUUAAACUAAAUUAUAAUGAAAGCAUUUGUAAUUUGCAUA